GAUUUCACACCUUCGCCUCUUCUUUUUUCCCUUUCAUUCGAACCCUCAAUCCCUUGCUUCAUCCUCUGUUAUGGAGGAAGCUUCUUCAAUCUGCAGAUACUGGAAAUUAAAUGGAUUCUAGGAAGAAGCAGCUAUCUUCAGACACCUGGGCAAAGGCUUCUUCCUCCAAUGAAAGCUGCCAAGAUCAUAAUCAGCAACAGCAGCAAAUGGAAAACGAAAACUCUUCGAUUUUAGAUUAUGAUUUAAUGAUAAGAAAACAAUUGGAAACAAUCCCAUCUUCUUUAACCCAAAUCAAACUCCUUGCUCAACAAGAUCUUGAGGAUAAAAACAAAGCCCAGUUAUGGGAUCCAAGAACCAUGCUAACUAAUCUCUCCAUUAUGGAACAAAAGAUUCAUCAACUCCAGGAAUUGGUGCAAUUAAUCGUUGGCCGAACAGCCAAAUCGUCAAUUGGUCAACCAAAUGAACUCUUGAUUCAACAACAGCAACUUGUUACUGCAGAUUUGACUUCAAUUAUAGUUCAGCUGAUAUCAACUGCAGGUAGCCUUCUUCCUUCAGUCAAACAUCCACAUUUCGCCGCAAAUCCGUCCGUUGGUGAUGGACUUCUUCCUAGUGACGAUAAUUCUAAAGAUAAUAAUGAUAAUAUUGAUAGUUAUACUAAUAAGAACAUGGUACACAAAGUGGAAGAUCAGUCAAACGAAAGUGAUCAUAUGGAUGUUCAUGAAGAACACGAGUCUAAAGACGAUGAUGAUGUUGAUGAUGGAGAGAAUAUUCCUCCUGGAUCAUAUGAAAUCUUGCAGCUCGAAAAAGAGGAGAUUCUUGCACCCCACACUCAUUUUUGUGUCAUUUGUGGGAAGGGUUUCAAAAGAGAUGCCAAUUUGAGAAUGCAUAUGAGAGGUCAUGGAGACGAGUAUAAAACACCAGCAGCGUUAGCCAAACCCCACAAAGAUACGGGCUCAGAACCAAAGCUCAUCAAGAGAUAUUCAUGCCCUUUUGUUGGUUGUAAGAGAAAUAAAGAUCACAAGAAGUUUCAGCCAUUGAAGACAAUCUUGUGUGUAAAGAAUCAUUACAAGAGAACCCAUUGUGAUAAAAGCUAUACAUGUAGUCGUUGCAACACCAAGAAAUUCUCGGUGAUUGCAGAUCUUAAAACACACGAAAAGCAUUGUGGACGAGAUAGAUGGCUUUGUUCUUGUGGUACGACAUUUUCAAGAAAAGAUAAGCUUUUUGGGCACAUUUCUCUUUUUCAAGGCCAUACUCCUGCUCUCCAGUUGGAUGAACCUAAAGGAGGAACAGUUAGUGCACAUGAUCAAGGGAAUAAUAAUCUUGAAGUGCCAACAGAAGUUGGAUUCUUUGAUUUCAACUUCAAUCCGAAUUCAAAUGGUUGCGGUGGAUCUGGGGUUCAAAUGGGUGGUGACCCAAGUGCUUGUUUUUCACCGUUGAACAUGGAUGGGUUUCAAGAGUUUCCGAGAACUCUGUUUGAAGACUCAGAUAGUUUCUCUUUCCUUGUAUCGGGCUCCUGUAAUUACCUGUGGAAGAAUGGAGGGGAGUCAAGUUCUAAGGAUCUGCAAUGAUGACGAAAAUUUCUAUCUCCUUUGUAGCAUGGUUAGUUGUUUAAAUAUUUUCGCAUUUUAGCGUAGUCGUUCGAUUAUAACUUUGAAUUUCUUAUCUUCGAAUAAAUUGAUGAUUUUUCUCCUA